UCCCUUUAGCUCGUCCACACUGCCCCUUUACCCUCGUGUUCGCCGACUUAUUUUGAAAGAAAACUUAAUUUUCGCAUUUUCGGAGCGACUAACUAGUUAAUCCCUACUUGAGUUUAAGUUUAUUCACUAUGAGCACUGAAGCGGCGAAGGCGGCGGCCAGCCAGGGGCUCAGCCAAGAGGCAAUUGUGGCCCAGUUCCAACAGCUGCGGAAUGACCAGCGCAACUUGGCGAACAGCCUCAAUACCUUGGAGAUGGAUUUGCGCGAGCACAAAACGGUUAUCGAAACCCUGCAGGCGGCGGAUCCGGAACGCAAGUGCUUCCGUCAGAUUGGCGGCGUCCUGUGCGAACGGACCGUGAAGGAAGUGCUGCCGCAGCUGGUGGAGAACAAGGACUUUAUAGCCAAGACCAUCACAAUGGUUACCGAGGAUCUAAGCAAAAAAGGCAGUGAGCUGAAUAAAUUUAAGGAGGAGCACAACAUCAAGAUUCGCGGCGAGCAUCUGGGCACCGAGGGAGGAAAGGGCGCGGAUGCCGAGGGCAAGGCGGAGAACCGCAAUGUGCUGGUGUCCUAGGCAACGGCGCUACCUCAUCCGCAACCGUAUUUAUUGUGUCUAUGUUGAGAGGGAACUCUGCCAGGAUUUGCGAGCAAUAAUUGGCGACUUCUAAUGUUGUAUGUAAUUCUAGCUUAAGGCGCGCAGUUCACGACACGCCCCAAACGCACCUUCACACAAGCACCCGCCAUUUACCCUUUCAUUUAAACUUAACCCACUCUGGCCACGAAAUUAAAGAGAGAACCGAAACCUUCAACUUCUAUAACGAAAUGAA